AGCACAGAAUCCUCUGACUGUCACUCAGCUGAACUCGCAUCUCCUGCCAACAUGUCCUAUAGCUGCUGCUCUGGAAACUUCUCCUCCCGCUCCCUUGGGGGUUACCUGCGCUGCCCAAGCUCCUCCUGUGGCUCUUCUCCCAGCAACCUGGUCUACCGCACUGAUUCCUGCUCUCCCAGCACCUGCCAGCUGGGCUCCUCCCUCUACAGCGGCUCUCAGGACACCUGCUGCGAGCCCACCAGCUGCCAGAUGUCCUGCGUGGUGUCCAGCCCCUGCCACGGGUCCUGCUCCCGCCCGAGGACCUCCACGCUCUGCAGUCCCUGCCAGACGACUUACUCUGGGUCUCUGGGCUUUGGGUCCAGGAGCUGUCAUUCCCUGAGCUAUGGAUGCAGAAGCUGCUACUCCCUGAGCUGUGGAUCCAGUGGCUUCAGACCCACAGCUUGCCGAGUCCAAGGUUUCCCUUCCAUGAGCUAUGGAUCUCAGUUCUGUCACCCAUCCUUCUUGACUUCUAGGACUUUCCAGUCUUCUUGUUACAGACCAAUUUGUAGAUCAGGCUUCUACUGA